AUGGAUAUAAAAUCUGAAUUAUUAUGUGAAAUAUUUGAUUAUCUUGAUGGAUAUAAGUUAUGUAAAGCAUUUUCAAAUCUUAAUUCUCGAUUUCAACAACUUCUUCAUUCUUCAUCUAUAUUAUUUACAACUCGUUUUUAUUUAUUUAAUUAUGAUGAACCUAUGAACAUGUUUAAACAAUUUAUGUUUUCCAAUCGACAUCAAAUAUUUUCUAUACACAUUCUUUUUGUAUUCGAAGAUAGUUAUUGUUUUUCAUCAUUUUUUUUCGAUUCAUCGUUCGAUCGACUUGAAUCUAUUGCUUUCAGAGACAUUCAAUUCGAAAUACUUAUUCCAGUUCUAACCAAUUUAUCUUCUUUACUACGUCUUUCUUCAUUAACCAUCGAAACAUCUAAUGUUCAAGAAGAAAUCAAUGAUAUUUAUCGAUUGGUAUUUGUCUUAUCUAAAUUAAAAUAUUAUCGAAUUUUCUUAUCGGAUAAUUAUCAUUCAAUUACACUUUCAAUGGCUAUGAAUAAUCAAUUCAGUCCUAUUGAAUAUCUUGUUAUUGAUCAUUAUUGUUCUUUGAAUGAACUCAUAUCUUUAAUUUCUUAUACACCAAAACUUCAUCGUUUGACUGUUCAUAAAAUAAAAACGAAUAAUUCAAAUAUUACAAUAUUAUCAUCAAUUACAUUAAAUAAUCUGAAUUCGAUUUAUUUAGAUUUACGUCAAACAACAUUUAAUGUAUUAGAAAUAUUCAUUACAAAAAAAUUUCCUAAUUUAAAAAGUUUAUUUAUUGCUGGUUCAAACGAUAUCAAUUUUCUUGAUGCUUAUCGAUGGGAACAAUUUAUUUUGAAUAAUUUUUCUCAGUUAGAAAAAUUUUAUUUCGUAUAUGAUGAUCUUCUUGAUAAUGAAGAAAAAUAUCGAAGAUUUACUGGAAAAUCGAAUCAAUUUUCUUCAUCAUUUUGGAUUGAACGACAAUGGCUAUUUGAAGUCGAAAUCAAGGAUACAGAUAUUGAAUAUAUAAUACGUCGAUAUAGUAAAAGAUGGUAUGAUGAUAUAGAAGAUAAUAUUGUUAAUCGUUAUGAUAAAUAUUCUACAUUUACUAAUUUAACAUUCGAAUGUAUUCCUAGUUCUAUGUUCGAAGAAGUGAUACCCAAAGAAAUUGAACAUAUUUUAACCAUAACAAAAAUUUAUCAUUUGGAAAUUCUUGAAGAAAAAUUUUCAAUUCCUGCAUUGAUUCAAGUUGUUAAUCUAUUACCACAUAUAACUACAUUAAAAAUUCAUUCAUUAUCAAUAGACGAAACAACAGAAUUAACUGUUAAAGAACUUCUUAUUUUAUGUUCAAUAAAAGAGACAAGUAAAAUUAUCAAAGUCUAUUUUGAAGAGAUUGAUAAUGUUAAAGAACUUGAUUUUCUUUUCACACUUUGUCCUUAUAUGGAAUAUUUUAAAAUUAGAUGUAUAAAUACGAUGGAUAUUCAAUCUUUCUUACGUACUAUUUUCAAGAAAAUUAAGCAAAAUAAUAAUCAUUAUCUUCAUUCAUUAUGUUUUCCUGUUCGAACAACAGAUGAACAAAUAGUUGAAAAUAUUAAACGAAUGAUCAAUUAUGAAAAACUACUUUCUAAUUUUACAGUUAUCUUCGUUCUGCUUUCUGCAAAAUCUCAGAAGACAAUGACGAUCUGUCCUGAAUGUUAUGGUGUUGGUGAAGCUGUUAUUUCCUGUGGAUUUUGUGGUGCAUAUGUUUGUGAAGAAUGUUAUAUGCGUCAUCUAGUUAUGUGUGGUCCAGACGAUGAAAAACAGAAACUAAGUGAAACAACAAAAGUUAGUUAA